AUGCACAACUUCGGUACCUUAUUCCUUUGGGUGCUGGCUUCCUGCAAUCUGUGGGUUGGAUCCUUAGCGGAGGACCUUCAGACCGGCUCAAUCUUACCCCAAGGAGUAGAAGCUAAGCUGGAGGAUCAACAUCAGCAGGCGCAGGCCAAGCUGGAAGAUCAACAUCAGACGUUACAAACCAAUUUGGGGGUGUACCAAGCUAAGCUAAAUGAAAGUCUACUUGCUGUGCAGACCAGACUUGAAACCCAAUUUCAGGCGGCUCUGAGCAAGGUGGAAAAUCAACUGCAGGCUAUGUCAAAUAAGAUGGAUGAACUUGAACGAGCAGUCAAGAGACUUUCGACUUCCGCGAUCCUACAAUUUUCCAGUAAAAGCUCCUUGCCACAGGAUACAUGCAGCCAGCGCCCAAAGGAAGAAGGCAUCUGUCUCACUGAACUAAGCCCACGACUUAGCGAAGUCGUCAAGGCGCAGAACGAAGGGAACACGAACACCCGUGAUGCUGACAACGAAAUCAAAUCGAAACUGGAGAAAUUGGAGGUGAAAAUAGGAGAAGUGCAGGCCAAGCUACUUCAGGAGGAGGUGCAACUACCAAGAGUGGAAAGGAGGCUGAUCAGACGACUACAAGGAAUGGAAGCUAAGCUGGAAAGACAACUUCAGGUGCAAAUCAAACUGGAGGGCCAACAAAUCAAGAUGGAGGCUAUUCUGUUUGCGGUUCAAACUAGGCUUGAAACCAGACCUGAGGCGGUUCUAAAUCAACUGCAGGCAGAUGCUGUUAAGGUGAUCACUGCGAUCACGAGUCUUUCCUCGAGUAAAAAUGUCAUCACAUAACAGGAUCGAGAAACACAUUUUCUAAGUUUAAAUUUGUAGCUAUUUUUGUUGUCAAUUAAACAUUGUAUGGUCUUAAUGUUCCA